AUGGAGGACAAGAGCGAUUACAAGGUCCAGCAGAGCUCGUGCGUGGUGUGUCGGGAGAAGAAGCGCAAGUGUAACGGGAAAAAUCCAUGUUCUAAUUGUAUUAGAUUUAAAUCAAAUUGUAUUUAUCAAACUUUGAGUGAUAGAAGAAGAAGAAAAUAUCAUACUGAUUAUGUGGAUUUCCUUGAAGUGAAAGUUGAUACGAUAGAGAAAUUCAUUAAAGAAUUUGUUAAAGAUGAUUUGGAAUUAACAAAUUUAAUGUCUGAACGAUUGAAAAAUUUAUCUCAAUAUGCUAAUGAUGAAGAUAUGACAAUACCCAGAAAACCUUUGACAGAUGAUAUGAAACUAGGUGAUAAAGACCAAGGGAUAAUAGAUGAUUUGUUGACUGCUACGGAUCAACUAAGGUUGAAUGAUGAUGAUUAUGAUUAUGGUGCUUGUCCUGGUGGUGGUGGUAAUGGUGGUGGUGGUAUUGGUGGUAAUGGUAUUGAAGGUGCUGAUGUAAAGCAAUAUACUACAGAAUUACAAGAUUUAAUUGAUCAAAAUCUAGAUCUAAUAUCAUCUUCAUCCACUCCAAUAUCAAUAAUUGGUUCCAAUUUGGUAUUUAGAGAUCAAUCAUUUGCUCAACAAUUAAUUGAUUUAUUUGAAGAAAAUUUCGCAAUUCAUUCAAUGUCAUUAAAAUAUAUGAUUCCAACUUUAAAAUCAACAAAUUAUAAUUAUUCAACAAAUCCAACAUUCCAUUUAUUUCAAACUAUUGUCUUUGGUAUUGCUUCCAUAUAUUCUGUUCAUCAACAAAAUGAAUUUUUCACAAAAUUAUUUAUUUUUAAAGCUCGUGAUUCUUUAAUGAAUAUAACAAUGAAAUCAAAAGUUGAUAUUUAUAUCGUAUUAAGUCUUUAUUUAUUAUCAUGUUAUGAAUUAGGCCAAGGGAAUUUACAUCAAUCUUAUCUUUUCAAUUCAAUGGCAUGUUCAAAUACUCAGCAUUUAGGUUUACAUAUCUCUUAUGAUGAUAAUGAUGAGGAAAAUUUAAAUUCUGCACCAAAAUCUUCACCUUUAAAUCAAUCAAUUUUAUGGUCUGUUUGUUUACAAGACCGAAUUAUAACUUCACUUGUUCAAGUUCCAAGUGUUAUACAUUUUAAAAGAAUUAUAUCACCUUUUUAUAAAAUUGAAACUAUAAAUACAAUGGAUUUUCAUAUUGCUGAACUUUGUUUUGGUUAUCUUUCAAGAUUAUGGUAUAUUUAUGAUCGUUUUACUGAUCAAAUAUUUUCCAUAAAUUUUGAUAUUGGUGAUACAAGUAAUAAAGAAAAAGUUUUACUUAUGGCUUUGAAAACUUUAAAAGAAUUAUUAAAUUCUUUACCAAUUCAAUUAAGAUUAAAUUCAUUAAAUUUUGAUAACAAUAAUCAAAUUGAUAUAAAUAAUCAAAAUUUAUUUAUAUUAAUAUUCAAUAUUAAUUAUCAAGUUGCUGUGUUACAAUUAAAUAAAAUUUUCAUUAAAGAUAUUCCUCAUAUGACAAGAAAAUCUACAGUGGAAGCUUCCAUAAAAGCUGGUAAUUUAAUUUCAAUUUUAAAUAAAUAUUUGGAUUUAAAUUUUUUCACAAUUGAUAAAUUGCCAUAUAACUUAGAUAAUUUAAUUCAUACAGUGGCUCUAGUAAUAUUAGAAGAAAUCAAUAAUGAUAAUAAUUAUCCAUUUGAACAAGAACAAACUCCACAAUUACCAGAAACAAAUUUUUUAAAUCAAGAUUUAAUAUUCAAUUCAUUUUCAUCACAAGAACCAACAUUACAACAAGUUAAUGAAUUUCAAUUAUUUGAUGAACAAUUCCCCAUGUAUGGAUUAAAUCCUUUUGAAAAAAAUUCAUUACAACAAGAACAACAAGGACAACAAAUUAAUCAAUCAUUUAUACCAAAUUUUUUCCAAAAUUUUAUACCACCAAGUCCACAACCUCCAACUUAUUUUAAACAACAAAUACCACAAAUACCAUCACAAAUACCAUCACAAAUACAACCACAAACAGCCCUACAACAAUUUGAAUUACAUUACCAAUUCAAUGGAUUUGAACAACCUACUCAACAAGAAAAGGAAAGAAGAUAUACAAAUAGUUCAAAUGAUAUACCACCAUUAUCUGAAGAGUUUUAUUAA